AUGCUGGCUUUCCUGGGGGCCAUCAUCUGCAUCAUCGCCAGCGUCCACCCGGCCGGGACCGCCGCUCCCCCCCCCCCCGCCGCCGCCGACAAUGACUCGGCCGCCGCCGCGCUCCUGCCCGCCGCCGACAAGGGGCUGGGAGCUCUGCACGGCCCCGCCGAGGCUCUGGCCAGCGCCGGGCCUCGGUUACCGGGGGGGCCGCCUCCUCCGCCGCUCUUUAGCCGUUUCGUCUGUACGCCGCUAAGCGCCGAAUGUCCGGUUACCGGCCCCGGGACCGGUCCCGGUCCCGGUCCCGAAGAGCUGUUGGCUUUGCGGAGCGCGGCGGCCCAGCUGCGCCGUACGGCGCUGGAGCAGAAGGAAAGGAUCCGGAUGGAUCAGGAGACCAUCCGGGAGCUCACCGGCAAGCUCAGCCGCUGUGAGGGGGGGCUGCCCGCCGGGCUCCGCGCCGCUCCGCGUCCCGGCACUAUGGGGCACCCCCCCGCCGAGCCCCCCGCCGUCCGGGAGCUGGAAGAGGCCGUCCGUGCCCUCCAGGACCGCAUCGACCGGAUCGAGCAGGAGCUGCCAGCCCGCACCAAUGGCUCGUCGCCCACCGCCCCAGCGCUCGCCCGCGAUGCCCUCCACACCAAGAUGGAGCAGCUGGAGGAGCAGCUCCUCUCCAAGAUCCUGACCCUGCAGAAGGAGCGCCAGGCUGCCAGCACCGACCGCAGCCAGCAGCAGCACGACAUCGAGAAGGAGCUGAACUCCCUCCAGAACCGGGUGAAGGAGCUGGAGCAUGGUAAGUCCUGCUACAGCCCUCCUGAUGCCUUCAAGGUGACCAUCCCGGUGCAGAACAACUACAUGUACGCCCGCAUGAAGAAGAGCCUGCCGGAGCUCUACGCCUUCACCAUCUGCAUGUGGCUGAAGUCUAAGGCCCUGGCGGGGCUCGGCACCCCUUUCUCCUACUCUGUCCCAAGCCAAGCGAAUGAGAUCGUGCUGCUGGAGUGGGGCACCAACCCCCUGGAGCUGCUCAUCAAUGACAAGGUUGCCCAGCUGCCGCUGAGCCUGAAGGACAAGGCCUGGCACCACGUCUGCGUGGCGUGGACCACCCGGGACGGCAAGUGGUCAGCGUACCAGGACGGCGAGCAGCGGGCCGCCGGCGAGAACCUGGCCUCCUGGCAUGCCAUCAAGCCCCAGGGCGUCAUCAUCCUGGGCCAGGAGCAGGACACGCUGGGCGGCCGCUUUGAUGCCACGCAGGCCUUUGUGGGGGAGCUGGCGCAGUUCGGCGUGUGGGACCACAUGCUGGCGCCAGCGGAGAUCCUGGGCUUGGCCAACUGCACCUCCCACCUCCAAGGCAACGUGAUCCAGUGGGACGACCAGGCGGUGGAGGUCUUCGGGGGUGCCAGCAAGGGGGGCUUUGCCGCCUGCGAGGAAGGGAGGAAGGCAUGA